AUGCCAUUGAGGCCCAUUGAUUUUUUGAAGGGAAAUUUCAACUACUCGCUUCCGAACGACAAAGUUGCAAACGUAUCGGGCGAUCCUGACUACGAUCCUAAUCUCAUCCAAACAGAAAAACAGGCACUUGAAGCAUUUCAAACAUCAGAAAUGAUAGCCAAUAAAUUCUGGGAGAAAUGGAAUGUUGAAUAUCUGACCUCAUUAAGAGAAACACAAAAAAUCAACCUCCAACAACCCAGACACCUACCAAGAUCACUCCCAGAAAUAGGUGAAAUUGUUCUGAUUGAAGAAGAACUAAUACCGAGAGGGUGCUGGUCAUAUGGUAGAAUCACGGAAAUUAUAUAUAGCACCGAUGGUUCGGUUAGAUCCGCCAAAGUACUUUUACCGAACCGAAAAAUAGUUCACCGUCCUCUGAACAAAAUUUUCCCCCUGGAAAUCCGAAGUGCCCCAGAGGACACAACAAUAAACACCCAAAAAGAUCAACAUCAACCUAACCAAGAAAGGAGAAAACUUCCAGCUCGUGCCUCAAAAACAGAAGCGUAUAAAAUAAUCAGAGACUACGAACUAGGACUGGAAGGUGCUCAGUACACUAUCCCGCGAACAUCUCUUGCACUAACUAUUAUUGCAAUGUUGUCAAUGAUAUCUGCAACAUUAGCUGAAUGUGUCCCCAAGAUAGCCUGCGUGAAAGGAAAGAUCAAUAUCUCACCUCCGAAAGGUUCCUUCCAGCUAUGUUUUGAUGAACAUUGCCGAACGUUCAAUGAGGUCACGAAAAACAUCACCUACACAGUACCAAUAUCCCCUCACAACGAUCAGGUAAAGGUUGCACUAAUAAUGAUAGGCAACCACAGCAUGGAGACACUUGAGACAACAUGCAACUGA